AGUUCCUUUCCGCCUUAGUCGGGGUAGCCCAUUUUUCCCGCCCUCCCGACGGCCGCAUCAGGCGUCGUAGUUGAGCGACUGCCCGCAAUCCCGAGGCUUGGGUUGGAUCCGGGUCCGUCCGGCGGGCGCGCAGAGCUGAGAGGGGCUCCCCUGCGGGUGCGCGUCCCGUGGUUUCGUCCGACGCCGCGCGCGCGCGGGAGUUACCGAGGGGCGGGGCCGCUGCGCACUUAAGGGCGGUUGGGCAAGGCGAGCUCAGACCUCGUCAGUGCUGUUGCCGAGUGAGGUGCUCGCCGCCCAGCUGUCCUUCAGACCUCUGCCGCCAUGGCCUGCAGACCUAGAAGCCCACCCGGUUAUGGGAGUCGCCGCGACGGCGGUGCGAGCCCGCGGUCCCCUGCGAGAUGGAGUCUCGGACGGAAGCGCAGAGCGGACGGAAGGGACCGGAAGCCCGAGGACUCCGAAGAAGGCGAGCUCCAGACUGCGGACCACCGACCUGAAAGCUUUACAACUCCUGAAGGCCAUAAGCCCCGAUCUAGAUGUUCUGACUGGGCCAGUGCAGUUGAAGAAGAUGAAAUGAGGACCAGAGUUAACAAAGAGAUUGCAAGGUACAAAAGAAAACUACUUAUAAAUGACUUUGGAAGAGAAAGAAAAUCAUCAUCGGGAAGUUCUGAUUCAAAGGAGUCCAUGUCUUCAGUGCCUGCUGAUGUGGAGACGGAUGAGAGUGUCUUGAUGAGAAGGCAGAAGCAGAUCAACUAUGGGAAGAACACUAUUGCCUAUGAUCGAUACAUUAAAGAGGUCCCCAGACACCUGCGACAACCUGGAAUCCAUCCCAGAACCCCCAACAAAUUUAAGAAGUACAGCCGGCGGUCAUGGGACCAACAGAUUAAACUCUGGAAGGUGGCUUUGCAUUUUUGGGAUCCUCCUGCUGAAGAAGGAUGUGAUUUGCAAGAAAUACAACCUGUAGAUCUUGGGGAAAUGGAGACAGAAUUCACAGAAAGCAGCUCUGAGUCUCAGACAAGUUCACAGGAUAACUUUGAUGUGUAUGCUGGCACACCUACCAAAGUCAGACAUGUGGACUGCCAAGUGGAGGAUGAGUUUGAUUUGGAAGCUUGUUUAACUGAACCUUUGAAGGACUUCUCUGCCAUGAGUUAACUGCCACCUGGUGGUUACUCUGAGAAAUACUUGGCUCUGCCUGGCCACCUGGAAGGCCUGAGUUGCUGUGCAUUUGUAUUUGUUGUCUUUGUUAAGAGUUUAUUUUCUCAUGAUAAAUUGUUUUUCUUGCCUUAUUUUUAUGUAUGGUAAAUGUGUUACGCAUGUUUUAAAUUGUAAAUGAAGCUAAAUGUAGUGGAGACUUAACCCUAUUAUCUUUCUGCCCUGUCCCCCCCAAGUUAGACAACAGGAAACUUGUGGUUUUCCACAAGAACUUGAGGCUUCAGUUGCCACUUUUCAGAUGGGUUGGCAGUGGAUUUUAACCAUGUGUCUAUGGGACCAAUUUAGAAUCAGCUGCCUUUCAGGUAACUGAUAAAGAAUUCUCAGUCAGGCAGCUGCAGUGACUCUGUAAAAACUUAUUUUCUGGUCUUUUAUCAAUGUGAAUGUAGUUUUCCCUCAUACAGAGCUCUGGACAAAGGAUGUUAAGCUAUUAUAUUAAUGGGCUUUAUGUAAUGUAAGUUAUAUAGUUUUAAUUUGGAACUUGAAAUAGCAUUAGUGUGAGGUAAGUGUCUUAGCACAUGCUCUGUGAGAGUUGAGGCAGAAGAGGGAUUUAGAAAGAACUUUGUUUUUUUAGUGAUCAGUUAAUUUACCAUGUAAUAUUGCUGUAAAUGAUAAUGUGUACAGAUACUCUGUUCAUGUAUUCAGUUGUAAACUUGUCAAUAUUUGCAUUUCUAUUGCUUUUGUAUGGAACGAUAAUUGCAAAAAUAAAGACCCUUUAACUGAUUUGUAA